AUGCUCCUCAGCAGCCACUGCAGUACUGGGUUCGCCAGUCACUUCAAUUACUCCCCUCGGUCCUGCCGCAGCAUCCAACCCAGCCCCAUUGAACACUUGCGAGGAGGGUCUAUGCUGCUGGGCCUGUUGAACCGCAGGUGGAGGUCGAUACAUGCCAACUCGUUGGACGAGCUGUUGAGGUGGUGCACGAGCCCCCGGUUGUUGAGCAGGCAGGAAGGUGGGAGUUUGUCGAGGGGGCUGAACAGGCCGACCACCCCGUUGUUGUGCAGCCGCCAAUUGCUGCUGUUGCUGUUGCUGCUGAUGGAUAUAAGUAGCGCGGUGUUGGGCAACAGCGGCGGCAGCGGCUGCGUUGGCGAAGGGAGGCGCGAAGGGAUCACUUUUGGGAGCCCCUUGUGGUGGGGGAGGCGGGGGUGGGCCACCAGAUUCCUCGUCUUCGGCGUCAGAACCCUCGUACUCGUAAACUUUGUCUUUCUCAUCCGCAGCUACAGACAAAAGAGUUCGGUCAGGUACUAUCAUGUAAUUAAAGAACAAAGCUUUCUACAUGAGUAA